AUGCUUCUGUUUCAGGCUGUAGAGAAUCUGUUGAAUGCCUUAGCUAAACAUGAGUCUGGGGCAACUGCGAGAUCAUUGGCUCAGAGUGUGCAAACACUCUUUCCAAUGGUUCCGAAUAUCAGUGACAGCAUUGGAUGUGUUGCCAUUCCUCCAGCAAAGUGGCUUCUGCACCUGAUCCCACGGGUACCUGAUGCUGUUCUGCCAGAAAUUAUCUCUGCCUUGGGUAACUUGUCUUUCUACUGCUGUGCCAGCCCUAAAGCUUCCAAAAUACUCAAGAGGAAGUUGAUGCUGGCUUGCCGCAACAAAGAACUGGCCAAAAGGAUAUGUUACGGUAUCAAUGAAGUCAGUAAAGAUGCUUCUUCUGCGAAGAAGAUUACGUGUUUGAUGUCGAUGCUUUCUGUGGUCUGUGAUGGCUUAGAUCAUGCACUUUUCCUAGAUGUUUUCUCUAAAUCAGUGUUGCUACCGAAAGUACGAGCCGAGCAGUUUGUCAUUGACAGCUGUAAGGAGGCACUCGGUCAAAUUUCUGAAUCAACGUUUUCCGAUACCCUUUUGCCUAACAUGAAGAAGUCAUUGCUCAGAAGUCCAGAAGUCGCCAUCUUUGGAGUUGUAAAAAUAUUGGAAUCAGCGACAUUUCCACUCGAUAAAUACUCUAACGAUCUGAUUAAGGGAUUAGGAGCUCUUCUGGGUUCAUCUUCUGAUGAGUUGAGAGAUGCCGCAAUAGAUGGCAUUGUUGCAAUUGCCAAUCUUGCAGAGGCUCCUGUCGUCGAGAAGAUCGUAAACUAUUUGCUUGAACAAUUGUCUGCUGCCAAAACUUCCGAGCAGCGCGUUGCUUUCUUGGAUGGUGUAGCGAAAUGUGCCAAAGCAAAGAACGCCAAUCCUGAUGCGCUGGAGAAAAUCGCAGCUAACAUCGUUUCUAAGUUGACUGUGCCGGAUAAAGAGGCCCAUGAGAAUGUAGUGGCAGCGCAAUGGAAGGCUUCGACCAUUUGGGCUAGGAGGUUAAACAACAAUUCACCAGCACUGGUUUCUGCUUUCAAGAAUGCACCACAACUGCCUAUUCCUGUUCGUCACAUCGGAUACAGAUCACUAGCGAAUAUCUUCACUAGCCGGGAUAUGAAAUCGUUACCUGCUGAGGCAGAAAAACAGCUCUGGCAGGAACUUGAUAAUUCUGCAAAAGAACCUCUACAGUUUAUUUCCCUCGCGUCUUUGUUGCUCAAAAGCUGUGAAUCUGGUACUCCGAACCAUACAAAAGUUUGGAGCAAAGUAACCAAGUACGACAGUAUUCUGAAGGACAAACCAUUGGGCUCGAUAUGCGCUGACGAUGCCAUCGCUUGGAUUGAUUUACUGGAGAAAUCCAUAUUAGAGAGGCCUUUUUCGGAUACGCCCGGCUCUUAUCCUCCUUUUCUGCUGAAAACACUGACGCUUCUUAUGUUUUGGCCUGAUUGGCAAGUGAGGAGAAGGGCAUCACUAGCUGUAGAAAGAAUAUUGGUCAUCGAAGAGUCUUAUUUUGCUGAAACUCUUGCUGAUGUGAUAUUUCUCGAAACUAUUAGCGGUUUUAUAGAUCAGACCCUUAGAAAAGUACGAAGUAGUCAUCCAGAUCCAUCUACAUUCACAGUUCCUGGAGAAUGGUACGUUCAGGCUGUCCGCCUGCUUCUCACACCCAAAGGACCUGAACUUGAAAAACUUGCUAUUCAUACUCUUCUCCUUGCGUCUUUGCCCAGGCUAGUCGAAGUCGAUGGCUCGGUGUGGCUGAGAUGGGUUCAUAGCCAAGCAGAUAGUAGCCGAUGGAAGGAAAGUGAUGUGUUUAGAAAAACGGCGAUUGAUCGAGUGUUGCAGUGUCCAGAC